AUGGGCGUCGUGAACGUCGCGCGCGAUGCGAUAAACGCCUCGGCGACGCUGUUGACGCCGACGCGCGCGCGCUGCGACGCUCAAGCGGCGUUUCCCGUGCGUUUGAGCCCGAGCGAUGGGGCGCUGGUGACGCAUAAAAUGGACGCAUGGGACGCGCUGCGCGCGCUGGCGCGCGAGUCGCGGCUCGCCGUCGUCGCGAGUGAAGUGCAGUGUUCGUUUUUGACGGACGCGUACCCGGACGAGGCGCUGAAGGAGUACGCGAUCGAGAGGAAGACGAUCGGGUCGACGCUGACGGCGAGCGCGUGCGCGUGGCGGGCGGUUCGAUGCGCUGUCGUGGCGUUUCAGAGGCCGGUACAGGAGUGGUUGAACGAGGUUGACGCGAGGAUUACUAAGGAAACUGAAACGGGCGAGCCGAGCGAGCUGCCGGAGUUUGAUUACAUCGAGCCGACGAGGGCGGCGUGGUGGGCGUUUAAGCGCGAUUCGGUGGUGGCGGCGACGAGACGGAUUUUGGAAUAUCUCGUCGUCGGACGAUCGAGCAAGCGCUUGAGCGCAAAAUUGUGUAAAGAUAUAAGGUACAGCGCGAGACGAAAGGCGCAGAGGGUGAGUUGGGAGCGCGGGUUGGGGAAAUUCGCGCAGGCUGGGAAUAUGUUUCGCACGGUGACGCUCGCCAACGCCAUCAACGUUUCGGGAGAAUUCGUCGUCGACGUCACCUUAGCGUCGUACGAGGCUCGCUGGUUGCGUCGUCGAUCGUCUAAAGCGUCGUCUCGCGCGAUAUCUCGGGCGUGGCGGCGCGCGUUGCUUCGAGCGGCGUGCAAAGCUGGCUCGGUGCUCGUCGGCGGCGCCGCCGCGUGCGCCGCCUUCACCUUUUGUCGCCCGCGCGGCGCGGGACCGCGCGUCGUCAGCUGGGGCACCUACGCCUCCCUGACCGCGGGCGAACUCGCUGGUGGCAUUUUCAUCGCUCCCACCGUCUUCGCGCUCGUCGCAGACGCGAACGUCGAAGAACCACCGCCCGCGAUUCACUAG